AACCCACGUCCUGCAUCACGUUUGUUCUGUCACACAGGCGAGGUGUGUCAGACGGGGAGGAGACGAACACGCGAACCAGAAGCUGACAUCUCAGACUUGAUAAGGAAGCAUGGAGGUAUAAGCUCGGCAGCGGAGGGAAUAUUCACUUCACCUUUUUUUCUGUCCCUUUCUGAGACAUGUGGCUCUGGAUUUUCUUCCCUUUGGCCCUCUCGCUGACAUCCUUCAUCGGAACGUGGGCUGUAUAUGGGUUGACAUACUCCAACCGACACGUGUGCUCCCUCACGGACUGGUGGGGGGAAAACUUCUGCACUGUCAAUCACACCACUGACUGCUGUAAGGUGCCCACCAUAAGCACAAGUGGGACCUACGCCCCGGAGAAUUCACUUUUCACAGCGACCAUCAACGCCGGCUCCUUUCUGUUUUUGCUCUUCUGCAUAUUCCACCAUGCCCACAUCAUGGAAAGAAAUGCGCGCCAAGCCGCCAUAAGCAGGUUUGCGUUGGCCUUUGGCGUGGUAGCCUCCAUGGGAUCAUUCGCCGCCGGAAACUGUAACCCUGGGUACCUGACCCUGCUACACCAUGCGGGGGCCGGGGUGAGCUUCAUGUGCAUCUGCUGCUACACGGUCCUGCUCAGCGCACUGACUGGUAGAUGUCUGCUGACGGGAUACGAGAAAUUACUCUACCCGCUGCGCAUCGUGUCCACGGUGCUACAGAUCAUCCUAACUAUCUGCUACACUUUCUGCUUCGCCCACCAUGACUACUACUACGUGCAUCUGUCGGCUGUUUUUGAGUGGAUCCUAAGCACCAACCUGGAGCUUUUCGAGCUCAGCUACAUCGCGGAAUUCAGUUUCUUCUCCACCUACAUGCUGUCCAAUCUGUACAGCCAACGCGAGGAGGAGAGACCCUUCAUGUUGGUCUGACUGACGUACAAUUAUAACCACAAGGAGGCCGCACGGGUCCAGCCCGAGAACUGGUAGCCGGAACUUUGACUGUAUGAGGAUUUUCUCAUGGCUGACUAUAUAUGUCCAUGUUCAUUCAUGUCUAAACUCGCACUGUGAAAAUGACUCAUUUUGCAUUGACGCCUUUAAUCCCUUGGAUGUCAAAACAGAAAAAAAAAAAAAAAAAC